AACGAACAUACAUAUACGCCUCCAUAAUUUCAAUCAUGAGGAGGAAGUACGGCUAUUCUAUUAUUUCUAGACUUCUUCUCCAACAUACCUUCUUCAAUUUCAUUUUCUAGAAAGUAUAAAAAUAUUUUCGGUUAAAUUAAAUUAAAAAAAUUCACCAGAAAAAAUCAGAAAAAUUAUAAACCACCACGAAAAACCACCCCAAUCACCGAUCUCGUUCUUCUUCCCGAAUACACUCUCCCAACCCUCCGGAGCUCCGCCACCUUCCGGCGCUCCUCCGUCAGCGUCCCCCCCCGGAACCACCAAGUUAUCGAAAAAGCAAACCACUCCACUCACUCUUGUCCCAGGUGGGUUUGGAUGUUUUGUUUCAAUUCUAUUGGGAAUUUUGUGUGGUGAAAGGUUUUAUAAGGUUUGAAAGGGACAGAAGGAUUGAAAAACUAGGAAGUUAUGCAGAAGGAUAGUGGUACAGGAGGUGGAGGUCAGGUACGCAACCGGCGCAGGGGCUCCAACGAGGCUCCUGCUGACGUCAGUAAAGCAAAUGGAGGUCAGUUACUUGUUAAUGAUCACAACAAGUACCGGUCCAUGUGGACGCGUAUUAAGUCAUCGAUUUGGAUGAUCGGUGGAUUCGCCUUAAUAAUCUAUAUGGGCCAUCUUUACAUUUGGGCCAUGAUAGUGGUAAUUCAGAUUUUCAUGGCCAAAGAGCUUUUCAAUCUACUUAGGCGGUCGCAUGAGGAUAAACAGCUCCCAGGGUUUCGGCUACUGAAUUGGCAUUUUUUCUUCACAGCAAUGCUCUUUGUUUAUGGCCGUAUCCUGAACCAAAGACUUGUCAACACAGUCGUUCAAGACAAAUUCUUGUACAAGCUUGUCAGCGCAUUUACAAAGUACCAUAUGGUCACCUGUUAUUUCUUGUAUAUUGCAGGUUUCAUGUGGUUUAUUCUUACUCUUAAGAAGAAAAUGUACAAGUAUCAAUUUGGCCAGUAUGCGUGGACCCAUAUGAUUCUGAUUGUGGUGUUUGCACAGUCUUCUUUCACUGUGGCCAAUAUUUUUGAAGGAAUGUUCUGGUUCCUUCUUCCAGCAUCACUCAUUGUUGUUAAUGACUGUGCUGCUUACUUCUUCGGGUUUUAUUUUGGAAGAACCCCUUUGAUCAAGCUUUCACCAAAGAAAACCUGGGAGGGUUUCAUUGGGGCAUCUGUUACAACUGUAAUUGCUGCAUUUGUGCUUGCAAACUUCUUUGGUCAGUAUCAGUGGCUUACGUGUCCUAGGAAGGACUUAUCCACAGGGUGGCUUCAGUGUGAUCCCGGUCCACUGUUCAAACCAGAGCAUUUCACUCUACCAAGAUGGGUUCCGUUCCCGUGGAGAGAGAUCCAAAUUCUACCAGUGCAGUGGCAUGCUUUGGGUCUUGGUCUAUUUGCAUCAAUUAUAGCACCUUUUGGAGGGUUUUUUGCUAGUGGCUUCAAAAGAGCUUUCAAGAUCAAGGAUUUCGGUGACAGUAUCCCAGGACAUGGAGGUAUUACCGACAGAAUGGAUUGCCAGAUGGUGAUGGCUGUUUUCGCAUACAUUUAUCAUCAGUCGUUUGUGGUCUCUCAGGGUGUUUCAGUUGAGUCGAUUCUAGAAAUGAUUUUGAUGAACCUCACAUUUGAAGAGCAGCGCAUGCUUUAUACAAAACUGGGAGAGCUCAUUCAGGAGAGGCAGUUUGGACAAUCCUGAAGGAUGCACAUCUAACCCCACCCCCUCUGUAGUUUAUGUAGCUCUCAAGUAUGUGAUGUACAUUUUAGCUUUUUGCUGUUACCUUUUGUCGAGGGCCGGUGUUCGCCCAUUAAUGCAUAAGACAGUUGCGCAUUGUAUAGUGCCAUUUUAAGUUCACCGGCCCUCGGUUUUAGAGUAUAGUGAGUGGAUCAGAAUUACAUGCACCACCACAAUACCUAUUUGGAUUAGUAUUCUGAUUGAAGAUGCAUCACAUGUUUUGUUGCUCAAUCAUGCAUCCAGUGUGUAAAUUUUAGAAUGUGAUGAAAAGAUUUUUCGGAUGGGAUUUUAGUUGAACUCCGUGAUGUUUUGUACUUUUGUUCUCUUAGUACUAGAUUUGAGACUGCAUUUCCAAUUAGCC